AUGUCCCUUCCCUCCCUUCCCUCGGAAGACUCAACAGGCUUCAUCCCCUUCACCCACGACGCCGAGACGCACCAGACCUGGUACCGUCUCGUCGGCACUCUCUCCCGCACCACCCGUCCACUCGUCGUACUGCACGGCGGCCCUGGCGUCCCUUGUCAAUACAUGUUCCCCCUCUCCGCAGUCUGGAAAAAGCACCGUAUUCCCGUCAUCUUCUACGACCAGCUCGGCUGCGGGAAAUCAACGCACCUACCCGACAAACCUGCUUCGUUCUGGAACGUCGACCUCUUCAUGGACGAGCUUGAGAACUUGAUCUCUUACUUCGGGAUCGCUGACGAUUUUGCGCUAUUGGGACAUUCGUGGGGCGGUAUGUUAGCCUCAAAUUGGGCUGCGGCGAGGACGGAGGCGGCGGUUGGGUUGAAGAAGCUGGUGCUUUCGAGUAGUCCGGCAUCGAUGGAUUUGUGGAUGGAGUGUGUGAACGAUUUGUUGAAAGAGUUUCCGGAAGAGGUGAGGGAGGUGGCUGUGAGAUACGAGAGGGAAGGUAAUUUGGAGAGUAAGGAGUAUGAGAAGGCGAUGGAGGUGUUCAAUAACAGGCAUGUCUGUACGCUGCAGCCGUGGCCGGAGGACUUGGUGGAGUCGCUGCGGGAUAUGGAGGCUGAUAUGGCAGUCACCGACGCUAUGGUCGGGAGAAUGACGUUCGUGUGUACCGCCACGUUGAAGGAUUGGUCCGUUGUCGACAUCGUACACAACAUCCAGUGCCCGACCCUCGUUACUCACGGCGCUCAGGACGAGGCGGGAUAUGCAGCCAUUCGACCGUUCUUGGACAACAUCCCGAAUGUGCAACGAGCGGUAUUUGAGAAAAGCAGUCACGUGCCGAUGUUCGAGGAGCGAGAGGUGUACCUCGAGGUAAUAGGAAGCUUUCUGAGAGCGCAGUGA